AGUGAGAUCUAAAACGGAAACAUGUCGGCCUGCACUCAUUGGAUCGGUGGGCGAGAUGAAAAUGAAUAGUCGUCCAUUCUUAAAAACUGAUGCAGGCAUUAUGCUGAUGUUCAGAAGAACAUGAGAAUGCCCAAAUUUCUCCCAGGCUUUCUGGUGCUUUACAGUGCGACAUUUCUGUUUGUUUUACCAUUAUUGUGUUGGAAGUUGCCGCACUCACUUUACUUUUCCAAAGGCUCAAGCACAGCAGAAGUAGAACGUCUCAAGAACCUGGAUCUUCAGAGGCUGGCAGCAGCAGAAUAUCAUUUCAAAGAGCAAGUAACAGGAGAAACCAAUCCUCAGAACUCUAAACAUACCGAUAUCACAAGACCACACAUCGCAGUAACAAUAAUCACUGUUAAAAGGAAAUCGAAAAAAUACCAACCUCACUAUUUAACACAAUGUCUGCAUCACUUCAUGAAGAUAGUUAAGGAAAUGAAAGAGAUUGGACAACACUGGGAGCUGUCUGUCUGCAAUGUGGAUUCCAACCCUCUCAAAUAUGAAGAGGCACAAAAUCUAUCCAAAUAUGUCACAGUUUUUCAGCCAUAUGUUAAAAAGCGUUCUACGGCAGGGAACCUUUUUGAAAAGGAAAAGCGUGAUUAUGUCUAUUGCCUGAACAAAACUUUAAACUUACAUCCAGAGUUUGCUUUUGUUAUUGAGGAUGAUGCGCUACCCCACCCUGAUUUUAGUAGAGUUUUCCCAGACAUUGUGAACCGAUUAAUGGAUAAUAAAUCUCACAGCGUAUCAUUCAACAAGGACAAGAUAGCUUAUGUUAAAUUUUAUCACCCUGAGAGGUUACUAGGCUAUUUUAACCCAGAACCCAAUCGCAUCCCAGAACUCCUCAUUAUGGGUUUUAUCCUCGGUGCUGUUACUGUUUGGAUUUGUCAAGUGGUUAAACUGCACAUUGUUGGUAAAAAUACUCAUAGUUUGUGGCUAAUAUUUAGCGUGUAUUUUAUGCUGUGUAUGAUUGCUAUUGGAAGGGUCAAUGUGUUGGAACUAAGAAGGCUAUCACACCACUUUUACAACAUAGUCCCUGCUCCUACUUGCUGCACACCUGCAAUGUUAUUCCCUCAGAAAGGGGGCCAUGAAAUUGUCAAUUUCCUUAGUAAGGUGGAGUGCAAAAAUAAAUAUGCAAUGGAUACAGCUUUGGAUGACUUUAUGCGUAAAUCCGAAGUAAGACCAUAUUAUGUUGAGCCAAAUCUUUUCCAGCAUAUUGGUCUGUACUCUAGUCUAAGGUUGAAGGUAUUGGAUCCGUUUAUUGUCUAGACAGUGAAGUGGUGCUAAUUUAUUGUAUUUGAUUUUACAAUGUUGCAAUAUCUGUGUAAUAAAGAAUUUCUAAGA